AUGGCGCUCUUUGCGCGCCGUGGCAUUGUGAAACAAGCACGGAAGGCCAAGACGGAGAGCAGUGACGAUGAGCAGGAAACUGCGCGCGAAGAGAACGAGCAGACUGUGCAGCUGCAGCAGCAAUCGCGCGCAGCAGCCUUGAGAGCCGCAGCUGCGGCUGCUGCUGUUUUGCCUUCGCCACACUCAGCAGCAGCAACGGUGCAAACAGCAGACUCAAUAAGGCGAAGCGCUGCCAUAACUGCGGCAAAGUCUCAUGCAGCAGCGGCUGCAGUAGCUGCCGCACUUCCUGCCGAACUGCAGCUGGUAGAUGCCUCCUUUCAAGACGCCCUCAGGGAGUUGGACAACGAGGGUGAUCCUCGGCAGCAUUUUCUGCAGCAGCAACAACAGCAGCUCGACUCGCAGCAGCACCGCUGGCAGCAGCAGCAGCAGCAGCAUUACCAGCCGAAGAAAAAGCUCCUGGCUGCUGGUGCAUGUGCUGUCGGCAGCAGCCGAGUUUUCGUACAGCAACAACAGCAGCAGCAGCUGCUGCUUCAGCAGCAGCAGGCAGCAGCAGCGGCAACAAGGGCACAGCGUCUUAGCUUCGGCUUUAUUGAUGAGGAUACGUCACACUCGCAACGAGGGGCUGCAGCGGCUGUGCGGGAGUCUUUGGAAGAGCAGUUGCCGAGCAGCAAGCCUGCAAAACACAGCAGCAGCAGCAGCCACAAAGGACGAAGCAAGGAAGGCAGCAAGGACAGCAACAGCAGCCGCCGUAGUGGCAGUAGAGAUGGUAGAGAUAGCAGGGAUGGCAGCAGCAGCAGUAGUAGCAGCAGCAGUAGUAGUAGUAGUAGCAACAACAAAGCCGCAAGCGACAAAUCACUACUCGUUGUUAACCCGCUAGGAAGCGUUGGAAUCGUCCUCAAAGCCACGCAUGCAAGCGGCAGCAGCAAGCUCGGUAGCAGCAGUUGCAAAGAGAGCAGCAGGCGUCACGAGUUCGUUAAUAGCAGCAGCAGCAAUAGCAGCAGCAGCAAUAGCAGCAGCAGCAGUAGCAGCAGCAGCAAUAGCCGCCGUUCAACGCUAAAAGGGGCAGAUUCUGCAGUUACUACUGGAAAGAUUGGGGCAGCAAGAGAAGUGCCUCUACGGGCAGGGGAAGGGAGCGCUUUGAGUGUUGGUUCGAGAAUCUUUUCCAUGGUUGAGCUUGAGGAGAAGACAUCUGCGGCUGCUGUUGUUGCUGCUGCUGCUGGUGAGGCGGCAGACGAUGGGGGGGAGCUGCCGUUUGCUGCCCUCGCGCAAGUUGCGCGGCGAUCACGUCAGCAAGCUCGUGUUGCAGAUUUUACCAACAACAGCAGCACUGGAGGGAAGUCCGCAGCGGCAGCGGGUGUCUCUUGUUUUGGGGAGUACACUGAAGACGACGAGCAUACGGCGAAGGGAGGCAGCAGCAGCAGUAAUAGCAGCAGCUCGAGCAGCAGCAGCAGUUGGCUGGCUAGGGAGGCCAUGCUGCAGCUGAGGGGGGUUCCCCUUCUGCAGCAGCUCUCCGCGGAUGCGGAAGAGCAGUCGGCUCUCGAGGCGUGGGAGAGGGAGCAGAUCAUGAAAGGGGCUGGGAGGAAGCAGCUGCUUCUGCAGCAACAAAAACUUGAGCGACGGCAGCGCCAGCAGAUGGAGUUAGAGCAGCAGCAGCAGCAGCAGCAGCUCGUCCUCAAUUCGUUCAGCAGCAUUGUGGGGCAGCAGCACGUUGCAGCAGCAGCAGCUGCCCCUGGUGAGGAUGAAUGCAGCAGCAGCAGCAGUAGCAGCAACCUGAUUCGCGCUGCAGCGGAGCCAGAGCGUUCCGCAGCAGCAACUGCAGCAGCAACGACACACACUGCAGCAACCUGUUUCGCACAGCUUUGGACCGGAGAGAAGGUGACAGGCAGCAGCAGCACCAACAGCACUGCAGAGCAGCAAGCAGCCGCUGCAGUCAAGUGGAUUGAGGAGCAGGCAGAGCUCCAGGCAGAUGAACAAGAGCAGAAGCAGCAGCAACAACAACAACAAGUGCAUUACAAAAAACGGCGUCUUCAGCGUCUGCAGGAGUUUUUGAUGUUUGUAGAGGAUCUCAGCGGCUGUAUUCAUGAGAAGAAACCCGCCGUAAAGAUGGCUGUGGAGGCUUUGCAGGAGCUCGAGGCUGCUGACGCUGAUAGGACAACGCAACGCCGCUUAGCCGACAUAGGGCCUCUCCUGCCGGAGCGCAUCGAUGAAUUUGGCCGCAGUCUCAGUCUUCAAAAGAAGAGAAGGAGGUAUGGAGCGAGGCUGAAGCAGCAGCAACAGCAGCAGCAGCCUCUGGGGAAGGUGCUGAAGCAGCUGCGGGGAGCUCCCCACCCGGCUUCCCCAAAGGCAAUAGAAGCGCUAACGGCAGCUCGAACGGCCGCAAUGACAGCAGCAGCCUCGUCCGCAAUGACAGCCUCGGGAGAAGGUAGUGCUGUGGACGGGGGGGAAGUGGAUGGUGCAGCUCUGGGAUGCUGCGAAUGCUGGGGUGAAGUCUUCGACAGUGCAGUUUUCACGAGCGAUGAGGAGGGCCCUCCCGGCAGCACCAGCACUUCCAGCAGCACACGCAGCAGCAGCAGCAGCAGCAACAGC